AUACUUUCGAAUCACCGCUAAUCCGCGAGCAGAAAUUCUUGAACGAAGUUUUCCUUUUAUCAGUCGUUGAACCGCAAAGUUAAUCCCUAAUUCCUGUCAGCAUGGAACACUCAGCAUCGUUGUCACGAAUAAUUGAAAGUAAAAGCAUCCGCGGCUUUGAAGUUGGAAGUUCUUAUCUUCUGUUGCGAAUUCAAAAGUUAUAAAGACAAUCAAUUUACAUUUGAAUUUGGUGGAUACCUUUCAAAGAUUACAAAGUACUUUCUUAGCAUUCUGGAGAGAACGGAAAAGUUGAUGAGAAACUUUUCGUUGUUAAGCCAUUUGAUUCUGAUACUGAUUGCCAGCCCAAUGAGAUCAUACAAAAUGAAAAUCUCAUCAUCUCCUCCAUUGUGUUGCUGGUAGUGAGACACUCAUCGCCUUCCUAAGGAAAAUGCAAAAUGUACGCUUUGAUGUCAAAUGCCAGUUUAGCCGCCACUUCUGCAGGCGGUGAAGAAAACAUCUCCGUCGUUGUGGAUGGUUGCGGGAAUGCCGUGAACAAAGCAACACAUCCCAGCCACUUCGGGGUGCCAUUGGCUGUCCCAGAAUGGGAAGCUAUCGUCACAGCCCUUGUGCUGUCAAUUAUUAUAAUGCUCACGAUAAUUGGAAAUGUCCUUGUUAUCCUGAGUGUAUUCACAUAUAAACCGUUACGGAUCGUGCAAAACUUCUUCAUUGUAUCGCUCGCAGUAGCUGAUCUGACCGUUGCCAUCCUGGUAUUGCCGUUCAAUGUGGCCUACUCGAUACUGGGACGCUGGGAGUUUGGAAUACAUUUGUGUAAAAUGUGGCUGACUUGCGAUGUCCUGUGCUGUACGUCGUCAAUCCUGAAUUUAUGUGCAAUUGCGCUGGACCGCUACUGGGCAAUUACAGACCCAAUUAAUUACGCACAAAAACGAACUGUGGGACGUGUCCUGCUACUGAUUGCAGGCGUUUGGGUAUUGUCAUUAGUUAUAAGUUCGCCACCUUUGAUCGGGUGGAAUGACUGGCCUGAAGAAUUCUCCAAUGAGUAUCCGUGCCAACUGACGUCAAAUCAAGGAUACGUGAUUUAUUCGUCGUUAGGAUCCUUUUUUAUACCAUUAGCUAUAAUGACAAUUGUUUACAUCGAAAUCUACGUGGCAACCAGGCGAAGAUUGAGAGAGCGUGCCCGUGCGUCCCGCAUUAACGCAAUUACCUUGAAAAAUGCCAGCGGUGCAGGCGGCGGUGGGGGCAAGGAUAUAAUAAGCACACAACAAGACCAAGAAUCUGUGAGUAGUGAAACAAAUCACAACGAACCCCAAACAAAUUCCAAAGAAAUUGCGAAAAUCCGGGAAAAUCCUCCUACGCCAAAGAAAAAAAAUCGGCGACCAAAAAUCAAAGACUCACUGAAAGAGGAGCGGCAAAAGCAUCAAAACUCUGAGCGUUUGCUUCAGGCUCCACCACGAGAAGAUUCAAUUACGGAUAAUCCAGAAAACUCGUCGGACGGUCAGAAACCGAAUGGCGAUGGAUUAUCCUUAAACGAUGACAAGAAUACGAAAUUAUUGCUGUCCAACUCCACGAACCGCCAGUCGAUGAAAAAAGCAGCCGGGGUAUAUCAAUUUAUCGAGGAACGUCAAAAAAUCUCUCUGUCGAAGGAGCGACGCGCUGCCCGCACCCUGGGCAUCAUAAUGGGGGUGUUUGUUGUGUGCUGGCUUCCUUUCUUCCUAAUGUACGUCAUACUUCCAUUCUGUUCGUCCUGUUGUCCUACAGAUAAACUAAUUAACUUCAUUACGUGGCUUGGGUAUAUCAACUCCGGCCUUAAUCCCGUCAUCUAUACCAUAUUCAAUCUGGACUACAGACGGGCCUUUAAGAAACUUCUUGGCAUAAAAUGUUAGGAACUACAUACCAAGGCAUGCAAUCCGCUUGAUAUUCACAUGGUUGGAGGGUGGGUGAUUCAAUUACAAGUUGUAUCUCGAUUACCCAGCCGUAAUAGACUUGCACAGGAUGCGAGGAUACAAAAGACAGUUGCUCCUCUAAUUGAAAAGCACUUCCUUGAAUUGACGUAGGACUAGAGGACAUUAUUAUCAUUAAGAGCGUUCUUAGACGAACAAACGUUAUGGAGCCUAUGUUUAUUCUAAUGUAAAUAGUACUCAUAAAGGACUGUUCUACCAUACCAUAAAUACCAGUAAUUAUGUCUAGCCUAGCAUUAACUAGACUUACGCUGUAUACUUACAUAAAAUGUGUAUUAUUUAUGGAAUUCGUGUAUUUAAAGAAAACCAAAAGCAAGAAAGUGAUUGAAUAGUGAAACGAUAGUCAUAAGAAAAUUAAAAAGAUGGAGGCAACCUAGGCCCCUCUACGUUACGUUGUGUUUUAAAUAACGUUAAAUUCACCGAUGGUAGCAAAGAUUUACGAUAAGAUUAUUUAUUUAUUCUCGAAUUGUAAUAAGGGUUAAGAGAAAUGUAUUAAAUGAAUUAUUUUAAAUGAACUUUUAUUGAAUGAGCCCCGUAGGUAGAUAUUCUCUUAUUUUCUAUAUUCAAUAAAAAUGUUGGUUUUUGCAGAAAAAAAAUAUAUUUAAUUCGU